GGGGGGGCGCCCGCCGGGUCCUCGUACGGUGCAGAGCCAGGACCAGGUCGCAGCCGACGGAGAAACCAGCUCGCCCUGGCCAGCUGCGGAGCAGGCCCUGUGACGUCAGCUUUCAAUAUAGUAAUGAGAGGGGCAUCUUCAUCUCAAGCCCUCAGUCCCCUCCAGUACCAACCCUGAGUCCCCUCUGUGCCCCCUUCAACCUUCUCCUUCUGCCCACAAUCCUCUGGUACUCCAGGGCUUACUCAUCUUCCUGUUCCCUAACAUUAUUUCCCACAAUCCCCAGCCCUAGGGAGCCUUCCAGUUCCUCUUUGUCUUCCCUUUUAAGACAGACACAUCACCCCCCCACCUCCUCUAUUGGUGACCUUACAGAGUUCUUUGUCUCCUGUAGUCCUAAAUAAAUGCCAGCACUCUAAACUGCAUCUUCCCAAAGCUAUUUCCUGACGCUUCUAGAACAUUCCAUUCCACCGGCACUUCAUCAUGGCCCUACUUACUUUCUAAGUCCUCACAACUUUGAUGCUUUCAGUUCCUCCGUAAUCACUGCCCUCACCGUCACCCAUUGUUUCUCUGCCCCCAUCUUUAUUUAUGCUCUGACUGCUUGUACAAACAUCCCCAUUUACAAACCCCUUAGUCCCCCCUGGUAUCCUUCCUCCAUCCCUGCUGGAAUCUCCUCCUCUCAAAUUCUCUUCCCUGCUCUAGCCUGCCCCAAAACUCACCCGGACCUUAUCUGUCUCAGUGGAUUGUGUCUCCUGUGAUGCUCCCCUGAGCCUCCAAAGAGGGGGUUCAGGGGGGCCCGAUGGCCUCCCGCCCCCCGUGGCCCUGUAGCCCCAGCGGGCCAGGGGAAACAUUUCACAAACACCGGCGCCCAGGAUGGUCAACCGCACGUGGGAAGGCUGCCACGUGGACUCUCGAGUGGACCACCUGUUCCCUCCGUCCCUCUACAUCUUCGUUAUCGGGGUGGGCUUGCCCACCAACUGCCUGGCCUUGUGGGCGGCCUACCGCCAGGUGCGCCAGCGCAACGAGCUGGGCGUGUACCUGAUGAACCUGAGCGUGGCCGACCUGCUGUACAUCUGCACCCUGCCGCUCUGGGUCGACUACUUCCUCCAUCACGACAACUGGAUUCACGGCCCUGGCUCCUGCAAACUCUUCGGGUUCAUCUUCUACAGCAACAUCUACAUCAGCAUCGCUUUCCUGUGUUGCAUCUCUGUGGACCGUUACCUGGCGGUGGCGCAUCCCCUGCGCUUUGCCCGUCUGCGCCGGGUCAAGACAGCUGUGGCCAUCAGCUCCGUGGUCUGGGCCACGGAGCUGGGCGCCAACUCGGCCCCGCUCUUCCACGAUGAACUCUUCCGCGAUCGCUACAACCACACCUUCUGUUUCGAGAAGUUCCCCAUGGAGGGCUGGGUGGCGUGGAUGAACCUGUACCGUGUCUUCGUGGGCUUCCUGUUCCCCUGGGCUCUCAUGCUGCUGUCCUACCGUGGCAUCCUACGGGCAGUGCAGAACAGCGUGUCCACCGAGCGCCAGGAAAAGGUCAAGAUCAAGCGCCUGGCCCUGAGCCUCAUCGCCAUCGUGCUGGUGUGCUUCGCGCCCUACCACGUGCUCCUGCUGUCCCGCAGCGCUGUCUAUCUGGGCCGGCCCUGGGACUGCGGCUUUGAGGAGCGUGUCUUCUCCGCCUACCACAGCUCCCUGGCCUUCACCAGCCUCAACUGCGUGGCUGACCCCAUCCUCUACUGUCUGGUCAACGAGGGUGCCCGCAGCGAUGUGGCCAAGGCUCUGCACAACCUGCUCCGCUUCCUGGCCAGCGAAAAGCCCCAGGAAAUGGCCAACGCCUCCCUCACCCUGGAGACCCCUUUGACCUCCAAAAGGAGUAGCGCUGGCAAGGUCACCCAGGGGGACCAGGUGCCACUGAAGGUGCUACUGCCACCAGCCCAGUGAGCUCCACUAGUGCACAGCCCCAUCCCCAAGUCCUGUGGCCCCUUGCUCUGUGUAUGCAAAUUAUAUGUAAAUAAGGUCAUGUGACUAUUCAUAUGAAUA